AAUGCACUGUGGGACGAUCCAAAUCGCAAGGAGCCCUGGGAAGCAGUCUCUUUCCUUCUCGUCGCCAACAUGGUUAGUAUCGAAAAGUUGAAGUAUAGCGUUUUAUCCAAUCCAUCUAUGACUAUCAGGUCAAUUUUCUCUGAAUAAAAUGAAAUAAAUUGCAAGUUUGAACGUUAAACUUUAGCACUGUCCUGUUAUUUUGUAGGCUCGUGGUCCGAAGAAGCAUUUAAAGCGUUUAAAUGCUCCGCAUCAUUGGAUGCUUGAUAAAUUGUCUGGUACUUUUGUAAGUAAAAGCAUUAAAAUAUCUUCUUUUACUCUAUAUAUUUUUAACCGUUAUUGGUAAAACCAGUCAUUAUUAAUCUUUUUUGCUGGACUAUGUCGAUUUAAUUGUUUAAUGUGACUUCUCAUGGAAUGUUUUAUGAAACAUCAAGGUCACUCGAAUUCUGUUUUAUCAUGAUCAGCUUAUAAUUUGGGUAAGAUUUUCGUACCGCCCCAUACGUUUAUUGUGGAUACAGCAAUAAUUUCAUACUAUUUCAUACAUUUCGUACAAAUCUCACCAAAGAUUUUCACAUAGGCUAUUAAAACUUCAAAAUACUGACUGAAUAACAAAAGUGCCCCUUUCCUCAAAGUGUUGGUUUCUGAAGUUAUCCCUUUAAGGAUAAUAACGUGAAAAUCUGCCAGUGUUCUACUGUAAAUUCUGCAUUCUUAUUGGCUGAUAUACUUGUUAUCUAUCAGCUCACAGUACACCUUGCGGGAAAUCACCAUAAAGUUCUCUUGUUCUUGUAAGGGAAAUGAAUGAUAGCAGAUUCCAAUAACACAAUUAUUAUAUUUUCUUUCCUUGCAUUUAAUGUAUAUAUAUAUAUAUUUUCUAUAUAGUUUUUAUUUAGUGUCAGCUCAAAGAUAUUAGCUUGUUAGCUACUCUAAAAUUCGAGUAUAAAUAAAGUUUUAUGUUUUUUAUGUAUGUUAUGUAUUAGAAGGCUCACUCUCAGUUUCUACUGAUAGUAGAUGAGGGUUUAAUUUUAAUCCUUCAUCCCUGAGCCUCAUUCUGCCACCAGCCUGUGUCGGGUUUAUCAUCAGUUUCUGUUCCAGUGCAUUCUUCUUUCUAAACCAUUCGGUUCACAGUUUGAUCGAGCAAAUGGUAAGCAAAAUUCAGGACUGGUAAAUUUCAUCCUGGAAUCGCACUUACCAUUUGUACAAAUCAGUUCCACUUGUCAAAAAUGGCCUGAAAGGCCUGAAAGGCCUGAAAGGGGUAUCAAAGAUGGCUUUGAAGAAAUGGAAACUAAUUAUCGUUCGGAAAAACACAACUUUUUCAGAUGUUCUGUUGCUCUGAAAAUUUUUUGCUGGAAUGACCCAAAAAGUUGUGUUUCACUUACUUUCCAACCAGAUUUUCCUGAAACUUUCUGUUAAAGGUAAACAACCUGGGCCCGGUUCCCCGAAAGAUGGUUAAGUUUAACCUGGGAUUACUCCAAAUUUUAAGCAAGGCUUUCUUGCCCAAGAACAUGCAACCUAAGCUUACAAAACUCUGUUGAGCCCUCAUUUUGAGAAAUGGAAAUGGUAACACUAAGUGUUACUCUAAGCAGUACAUAGGAGGGUAAAGUACAAAAAUGGAACAAAAUUUUAAUCCUGGAUUAGCGCUAAUUGCCCUUUCAGGAACCAGGCAUUGGAGGAGGAGGGAUACAUGUAAUGAACUCCUAUAAUACAUUGGCAGUUUCAACAGUAUAUUGACAAACAAUUUGCUCUUCGUUAUAGGCACCACGUCCAUCCACCGGUCCUCACAAGUUGCGAGAGUGUCUGCCCCUCAUUGUUUUCCUUAGAAACCGCCUCAAAUAUGCUCUGAGCUAUGACGAGGUCAAGAAGAUUCUUAAACAAAGAUUGAUUAAGGUUGAUGGAAAGAUUAGGACUGAUGUUACCUAUCCCGCUGGCUUCAUGGGUGAGAAUUCAUUGUAUCAAUUAUUGCAUAAUCCUAAUUCUGAAACAGUCAAUUUUUUGCAUGUUCCCAUCGGACAAGCUGACUUGAACCACAAUCUUUACUUUUGAAUUACAAACAAGACAGGUUUCUUGGUAAUUAUCAAGUUCUGCCAGUAGUAAAGUUGACUAGAAUAACCAGCCAAAAAGAUUUUUUAAACAUUAUAAUGCAAAGAACUGAACAUUGUUCAUAAUUGAGACACUUUGCAAUGUAAUGUAAGGUGCGCAAGAGCCAUUUUAACUUUUCUUGCCAAAACUCGGAUAAGAAAAUAAUAAGCGAGUGGUUAAUUGAAUAUGAUGUUAGAUGAAUAUGAUGUUAACUCAUUGUCUCCAGCGAGUAGGGCCAUUAAUGCCACGGCAUUGACUACGAAAAAAAAAAUCACAAAAAAUCGCGUUACUUCCGCUUACCUCCAAAUUUGGCCCACAGGAAGUUAAUAGCUUUAGCUAAUUAUGUGCCUAGUUCCAGCCCCCUGCGAGUUUUGAGCUUCACGCAACGAUUUUUCAAAAAUGUAGAAAAAUGGCGGUGCGUAGUGAGAAGUAUUUGGGAUGUUUUUGCGUAGAAUGAAAGCUUAUAUCGACAAAUUUCAAUCAAAUGCAAGUCAAGCAGAUUGUUUUGAAGGAUUUUGGAGGAUAACAAGCAAAACAAACGCGAAAAUCGAGGAAAGAAAACAGUAAGAAUCUUUGCCUUCAAUUCCCCGAGUCGGCAAUGUCUGGCACAAAUUCUCUUCAAACGCAGUGAGUUCCGUCCCGCUGAGCUUUUUGCCUUCAAAGCCUUGCUUAUUUUGAUCACUUAUAUCAGUGAAUUCAUGUUUGCCUGUUUUUAACUCGAUAUUUCGCUGAGAAACUAAAAAAUAAAGCGUCUUUUGAAGGUAAAUAUCGGGCCACAAAGUGACGCUAAAGUAUCUAGUUUCGCUAUGCUAAUUAGCUCUGACCUCAUUUGCAUAAUCCGAUACGGUCACAAAAUAAAUUUGUAGAAAAUUGUUAGUCGCUCUAUAUUUUCGACCGAUAUUCAGGCUGUUUGCUUAGAUAUUGAAGAAAAAAAAUUGUGUGUACUGUAUUACACAAAACAGACAACUAUCCUGGCAAAAUUACACUCGUAAAAAUUUUUUAAAAUAAUUAUACAGAAAUAUGCUUGUUUAUAAUUUUUUUUGCAGAAUAUUAUGGGUUUCCUGAGACUGAAAUAUUUUUUUUCUGAAAGUUUAAUUUUUGCCCUUUCCAAUGAGGUAUAGCUUUAUAAGGUACUGGAAAUAACAGCUGAGAUAUGAUUUUUUAAAGUUACAUGGUCAAUUUACUAAAAUCCUUGCCGAAGACAAUGUGUUAAGAGGUAUAUUGAUCAAAGAGGGUGUUAUCUUUCGAAUUUAAAAUUUUUUUGUUUUGUUUUGUUUUUUAAAUUUUAUUUCGCACACACAAACAAUUACAAUACAUUACAUUUACAAUUCAUUACAGGUAACUGUUAUCGUUUACAAAAAAGAAAUAAAAAGAAAAGGAAAGACAAAGUCCACAAAAAUACUAUAGUUUAUGUAUUAACAAUUAAGAGAAGGCUGCCUGCCUUAUGAUCCUCCAUCACCCAUCUGCCCGUUUGUCACUUGCACUUUAAUUAACUGUACAUGUAUUGGUCAAAUUAUAUUCUGAGGGGCAUUGUUUAAAAGUAGCCCAUUUCUUCCUAAAAGAGGCUUAGUUAUUAUUAUCAAACGCAAUCUGUUUCUCAAUUUCCAUGGAGCGUAUUUAAAAAUUAAAGUGGAUAACAACCUGUGCAAUCAACAUUAUUUUCAUAAGCCAAAUUCAGUGGUAAAGAAAUUGUGCUAUUUGUCAUUAAAAUUAAAUUUCUAUACUUACAAUAGCCCUAUGUUAGUAAAUAAGCCAAUUAAUAAGCCAAUCAGAAAUAGGGAACUAUUUUGAACAAGUAAUGAUGGCCCUUGUUAUCAUUAUUUUGAGCAAGUAAUAAUGGCCCAUAGACAUUGCUAAAGUCCCUGCUUAUUGUUAUGGUGUUGGUGGCUUUGAAAAGGACUCCCUGCAACUUUUGACUUAAGCAUUGGAAAGGUUUUAGUCCAUUACAGGAAUAUAGCCCUUUGAACCCCAAGCUUUCCAAGGAAAUUAUAUUUUUUGACAAAAUUAUCCAUGUUCAGCCAGAUUUUGUUCCUGGGCAAUUCUGUCCUUGGAUGGUUCUCAAAUGUAUUUGGUGAAUUCAUUUUUGCAGCCUCCAAAAAAAGCCUGACCAUCACUUUUGUUAGUAAUUCUUCAAUACAUGUGUAUAACUUUGCAUGAAAGCUCAAAAAGCCCAAAAAAUCAUUUUAUUUUUCUGCCAUUUUUCAAACUUGUUUUUGUCUUAUUUCCGGGGUCUGGGUAAAUCCCUCUCAAGAGACACCCUUGAGGACAAAACACCUCACCCUUUUUCCUCCUUCCCUCCUCCCCCCCUGUUCGCUCAUAUUUAGGAUCAUGAGUACAAAGAGACUAAAGUUUUGCUAGGUUGUUUACAAAGCUCAGAUCUGCAGCCUAGUCAAAACUUUUAACAAUAGUAGGUGGGAUAAUCAGAGCAGCAUGUACCAAAGGCCCAACAUUGUGUGGUUUUUAUUUAAUGUUACUAAACCCUAGUGUGGAGUAGGGGGCAAAUGUUGCUCAUUUUGGGUUGUGCCAGGGCUGUGUCUGACAUGUGUCCUUCACAUUAUGGGUAUUAGCGUAAAUGUUGAAAUUAUGUCUAGUGCCAUGACAAAGAUAAAAAGAUGACAGUUAAUCUGUUAAGAGUCAAUAAAGUGAUUUUGUUCCGCCUCUUUUAGAUGUCGUCUCCAUUGAAAAAACUGGUGAGAACUUCCGCCUGCUCUAUGAUGUGAAAGGUCGCUUCACAGUGCACCGCAUCACUAAUGAGGAAGCUAAGGUGAGAAAAAUGUUAUGAAUUAAUGACUGCACUUUGAGAGUUAGUGGAUUGAUUGAUUGAGGAGCUUGUUGUAUUGUUAUGGAGCAGAUGAUGGUGAAAUAAAAAGCAGAAAUUUGAAGGAUGAAUAAUCUUUGAUUCUAAUUAUUACUGCUGAUGCUCCCUAGUGAGAAAAAGUUCAUGCCUGUCUUACAUUUAUUUUUGGAAUUUUAUGGUAGUUCAUCUUUGAAUAGCUGUGAGCGCCAUUUGUUUCAGUUCACCAGCCCCCAAGUAGACUCGUCUUCAGGCAAAUAUACCAUUGAUCAACCACGUUUCCAAUCAACUAUACCAUCAUGUUUUAAAUAUGGAAUUGAAGCCAAUCAGAAACUGCUAACUAUUUUGAAUGAAUAAUGAUGUGGUUUUUGUUUCUUUGGCAAAAGAAUAUAUUAAAUACUGUGUACUGUGAAUGGUAGUGUGCUGUGAACUUAUCAAUAACAUAAUAACUCCUGGUUUGUGGUUCAUUUUUUUACAUCAUGCUUUUCAGAUUAGAAUUUGACCGAUGACAAGUUAUAAAAGUUCUUUAGAUAUUAAGAAAAUUACAUUUAUUGGAAUAUAUGUUGUGUGUGAAGCUGGAGGAGUUGGGUCCAAUGUGGGGUGAAGCACAGGCCAAAGCUCAGGUCAGGUUAAGGUUGCGGCAUCAUGUCCCAGCCAGGAUAAAGAGCUUGAGUGAGUGAGUAAGUGAGUGAUGGUGAAAGUAGCAUACCCUUCGGAGUUGGCCACCUAUUUUAAGGUCCGUUUGCUGCCUUACUAAUUAAAAAAGGCUAACAUUUACCAGUAAUUGAUACUGUAGUUUAAACUGUGCAUGUGUCAUGUUGAUGUUAAUAAAAUAUGUCUUGUGUUGAUAAUUCAGUACAAACUUGGCCAAGUGAGGCGUGUAGCUACAGGAGCAAAGGGUAUCCCAUACCUUGUGACUCAUGAUGCCCGCACUAUCCGCUACCCUGACCCUUUGAUUGCUGUGCACGACACUGUUGUGUUGGAGAUCAAGACUGGCAAGAUCAUUGAUUUCAUCAAGUUUGACACGGGAAAUCUUGCCAUGGUUGUUGGUGGCCGUAACAUGGGACGAGUUGGUGUUGUUACUCAUCGUGAGAGACAUGCUGGUAGGUUGAAGUUUCUCAGAGAUGCAGUUAAUACAGUAAAAACCCAUCAGUGAGAAUCUGCAUUUUCCCAUGUAAGCCUAAACAAGUUCUUACAUAAAAAAAUUUUAAUGGUAAUUAGCACAAAGUGAGGUUAUUCAGGGGCCAGUUUCAUUAAAAUUGUACACGUGUAGUUUCGAAGUGUGGCUAUUGUUUUUAGACUCCAAAACAAUAGCGGCACUUGUUUUACACUUGUGAAAAUUCUAUUAAAUUCUUAUUUUCUGAAAAAAAAUGCAUUGAAGCUAAGAGUAUUUAAUGGUAUUCAGCUUGAUUCUCAACACUGGCAUUUACAUUGCAGUUGGAGUCAUAAGGCACCUAUGUCUCCAAAGAGGAUCGUGAAUGUUGACUUAUCUUAUUUACCCUAGUAUACCAAACUUUUGUUAUUUUAGAAAAUAACAACCUGUUUUAAAUUUUAGACCAAACAGGUUCUUGUGUAGAGGGGGCUUAACUGGCAAAUUUUAGUGUUAUAGGUUCUUAAAACAGCAGAUUCUUAAUCACGCGUUUUCACUGUAGCUGAACAGCUUGAGAAUAAGGGAAGAGCAAUUUUAACCAAAAAAAAUAAUGCAUUAUAAAAAAGAGAAUGUGAGUUAUCUUCACAUGUGAAAAUAUCACCAUUGCUAUGGCUACAUAAUAAAUCGCGCCUUUCACACCAAAAAAACUAUUAAAGUGAAAAGGUUUGGUAUUUCGUUGGUGUUUAUAUAAUAAAUAGAAUAUUACAUGGCCGCUUGGAGAUAUGAAAUUUCUCUUCUCUUGUUGAAAAAUAUUUCACUUGUUCGCUGGGCUCACUCGUGAAAUAUUUUUCAACACUCGCAGGGAAAUUUCGUAUCUCCACGCGGCCAUGUGAUAUCCUCUAUGCAUUAGUUUCUUUUCUUCUGGACAUCAUAUCUGACCACUGGCACAGUGAAAAUUUUGUUUGACAUACCCAGGCAGAUAUUUUUAGUUAAAAGUAUGUACAAAAUUAUUUUUACGUCUCUUUCCUUCAUGCAUUUAGAUCUCACAAGCUUCAACCUUGUUGAUGAAAAUAUUAGGGCCAUUUAUAGCUCCUUUUUAUUCUGCGCUUGACAUGGUAAAUAUGCUCGUACAGAAUAGAUUAUUCUGCGCAGAAUCGAUUCGGCGCAGAAUAAAAUCUGCUUUACACGGCAAAUAUGCCUUAGUUCGCGUCUUAUUUAAAACGCGUCUUAUGUAAGACGCGUCUUAUUUUUCCUCGUAUAAAUGGCCCUAUUGUUUCUUGGCAUGCCAAUAGUUGUCAGUGCUGGCAAAAUACUCAACUCUAAUCAUGUGUUUUGUAGGUUCAUUUGACAUUGUCCAUGUGAAGGACAACACAGGUCAUUCAUUUGCCACUCGAAUCAGCAAUGUGUUCAUCAUUGGCAAGACAAACAAGCCUCACGUGUCCCUACCCAGGGGUAAAGGAAUCAGGCUCACUAUUGCUGAGGAGCGAGACAGAAGGCUGCAAGAGAAGGCCAAAAUGAGCUCCAUGUAAAUGAGAUACAGAAGGACCAGUAUUAAAAUGUUCAGAAUCACAGUAUCUCCUGACUUGUGUUGUUUUCCUUGCGUAAAAACCUUUAGCCUAGCAAUGCUGUGCUUUAACAUUGCUUUGUGACCCUGGUACUACUUUGAUUUUAAAAAAUCUUAGUAUUUUUAGAUAACAAUCCUAGGCUGGGGACCUUGUAUUUCUCAGGUUCAGGCCUCUGAGCCCCUUUCAGUGUUUUCUAGAGCACAGCCUCGCUCCAGGCUCUUUUUUCAGCCAUUGAGGGAGUUCAUUUUGUAUCCUCCAACACACAACGAGUGUGCAAAGGAACGAUGGCGCACAAAAUGGCUUGUGAUCAACCUCAGCUCUAACCUAGCUUCCUAUGAAGGCAUUCUUCAUCCAUUUCUUCUCAGACACAGGUACAUGAGAAGUGUACUUGCGAGGCAGCGUGGUCGGUCGCUUAGAGUGACGGACUUUAAAGCGCGAGGCCCCAAUUACAAGUCCAGCCCUGACCACUAGCUUGAUUUUUUUCUCGCUAGUCCCUCAGCCACGAUUGUAAAAUAGCCAUCUUGGGUCGCCUCCUAUCAGCUAUGUUUGUUCACCAUGUAAUUUUCCAUUCGAAUUAUUUGUGUCAUUAUCCCUGAAAAGCCCCACAUGGGGAGAGAGUAUUUAAUGUAUUCAAAUUUUAAAUUUAAGAUGAAUGAGUUCAAUACAAGCCCUUCACGUACCGCUACAAAGCCUCUUAGUGCCAUCUAGUAAUGCCUUUUGAGAGAGAAACUUAUAAAACUGGUUAAAGAAAGGAGCAAGCGCGGAAGGCAAGCGGGAAGCAAGCAUGGAGCUCAAGACACUCCCCUCGCUCCCCUGAAAAAGCCCGAACAAAUAUAACCUGAGAUCAGACCCAAAGCGUUGAAUUCUUUUACGCAAUCUCGGGUUAGGAAAAAUGACGCGUAUUCUAGAGAAUAGAGUAUCGGUGCGUGUAUGGAUAUCCAUGGUGCGUGGGAGAGGUGUGCAGAGAUGUCUGAGAAAUGAGACAAUAAAAAUUAUACUGAUGAUAAAUCUUACGUCAGUCUUGGACGCGUUACAAAAGAAGAACUGCCAGUGUAUGGAAGAAAAUGAAAAAUUUUUUUCAACUCUUUAAUAUGCCCCAGAAAUAAAAACUCCGUACGCUAAAUUCUGCGGAGAACCAUUUUUACAACUCGCCCCGCUCCGAGGUCCGUCUUUAACAGCUAUGCUAAACCAAGGCAAAUGAAAGACUGGUUAAUCCGCUCAAAUUUCUGGGUGGAGCGCAAUGUUAUCUGCGCGUGCAGUCUAGCUGUAUGCGCGCAGUAACUACGUCACAAAUGCUGACUAUGGCGUCACCACAACAAACAUCGUCAAGAUUCGAGCUCUCUACGGUUAUGUGCUCUUAGUUUUAAAGGAAACCUGUUGGAUAUGGAAAGUUCUACGGAGAGAUUUUUCAAAGGGUUUUCACUAGAGGAUUACAGGCAUCAAGUUUUUAUGAAAAGUCUGGAAAAGGAAAAGAAACAAUGUCUUGAUCGACUGCGGGAAGAAACGCACGUGUUCAAAAUGUCCAUAAAACCACCUGUGAAAUGUCAAGAAGAGUGUUGGAGUCAAUACGGGGAGAUAUUCCAUGCGAAUGGAGAUAAGAGAGAAACGGGUUCCUUAACGCAUAUUAACAUAGAAGGUUGGUUAAUAACUUUUUGGAUUGCAUAAGCGUGAGAGCGGUUAUAAAAUUGUUUCCCGCUUUAAUAUGCUGUUUUCCGUCAUACCCACCAAAAGCGUAAGUCCUUGCAAAAGUUUCCCUCAAUUAAAAUGUUUUGUUUAGAGCAAGUAGACACAUUCUGGGCCUCUCCUUACCUAGACUGCGAGAAAAGAUUUUCGAGCAAAAGACUCCCCCUUACUCAUGAUGAAUUUCUCGUUUGCUGAUGCACCUUGCUACACUGUCGUGUCGUUGGGAACAUCUUAAUUGUUCAAGUUGCUACGUGCGUAGGCAUUGAAAAACUUCGCAUAUUUGAGAGAAAUCAAUUUCUACUAAUUGUCACACCUUACGAGCAUGACAAGAAAUGACAAGAAACGAAAACUUGUGGGAAACGACUCAAAGUUAGACGAUAAAUUGCGCGCGCGCAGAAAGACCAACCCGGAUUCUUGUCCCGCCGGGGCUCCUCCCUUUUGAUUGGAGAAGCCCGGAGUGAGCUGAUAAACAUACUUUGCACAGGCGAAUUUUGUCCCCUUUCCUUCAUUCCGGCGCUGUUUCUUUUCAGGCUAAAUCAAAGCUCCUGGAGACAAAGUAAGCUGGAUAUCUGACUCGUUUUUCUAAUUUAACACUCUUCGGUAUUUCUUUACCAGGUGAUGCGGACGAAGACAACAAAACCAGCAACACAAAUAAACCCCUCACCGAUCGCCAGAUUCAAACACCAUCAAAAUCAAUACAGAACUGCAAUGAGAUGAAUAAGAACAUUCAAAGACGCUAUCAAGAGCGAACCAGAAACAAAGGACAGAGGAACAAGGAUCCCAAGAAGAAAACCAAACCAGCCGGUCUGACUCUGCUAGAAAUAUUAUGCGGCGAGUUUGAGAAUGGUACGUUGUUAGGAAAGAGAACAGAGAGGAUUCAAGAAAAAACAGAGUCUGGUAGAGAUUGCUGUACAUCUAAUGUAAAACAUGGACGUACAAAGAAAGCUCAAACAGCUGGCGAGGGCCAAGAAUCACUCCUUACAGAUUGCGAAAAAAGUUUGAAGUUAGCCAAAGAAGCGAGCAGAUCCAAGAGCAGUUGUGAGGUCUUUCAAUCAGGACAUGGCGAAAGUGAAGGAAACAUAAACUGUAAUACACCGGUAGUUAUAUCAAAAAUAGCUGGUACUGAAGGAUUUUGUUCCAGUGAUUCACCAAAAGAAUCUUCGGCUAGUGAGAUGGGUAUAAGCUCUGAAGAAACCGUCACCCUUUGGGGCAGAUCUGCGCAGAAUCUUAAUUCGACUUCGGGAGAUCUUAUAAUUAAAAACCACAAGACUGAGCUAGAAAACCAGACAACCAGGAGACAGUUGUGCGAAGGGAUCCAUUCAAAGCUUGAUGACCGUUCAACUUCCCUAGGUACUAACACAAAGCUCGAGAGCGGAUCGCCGAUUCUUAGCUCGGAUUACCCUAGCCGUUUGACUGAAAGUAGUCUGGAAGUAAAAACACCAGAAAGUUGCAGGUUUGUGCAUUUUAAGGAACGGCGCAAGAUAUCGAAAAGGAAAAGUAAAAAAGAAAAUUGUGUUGAAAAAAGCAGAGGCAAGGAGAAAUUGAACAGGACACGAAGUUUAGGCGUGAAACUGUUUCAAUUUGAUGGUCUGCAGUUUCCUCAAAAAGGAAUAUCAAAGGUAAGGCUAGCCUUAGAAAACAGCCAACAUUUCACAACACCCCACUGGUUUCCCCGUGAGGUGACGUCUGGGGAGCGAGCGCAGAAAUUUCUUAGUGAUGAUGUGUCACUACCCAGAUCUGGGUAGUGCUUUUGAUUGAUUGAGGCAAAUUUCCCACGUGGCACGACCAAUCACAAGCACUCCGCUGCUAAUGACACGUAAUCAGUAUGGAGUUUUUUUCGCUUGUUCCUGAGACGUCUCGCGCUUUCCACGGCGGGAAAGCGCGCGGAAGGGACUAAACACGACUUCCGGUGCUCAAUUUGCCGCUCUGCCAUUGGUCAAGCCAGUUGUUUGAUUUGCGCGCGCCGUCGUCAACUGACGUUCCCGUUGUGUUGCUAAAUCAGCCUAUUAAAAACUUUGGGAAACUUCCAUGGAAAGGUCCAUCGAGUGAAGAACGUGAAGUUCCAUUCUUUUAUGCUCUCAUUACCAGGAUUUAAGCUGGUGGCACAGAUAUCGCCUUAAGGUGAUUCCCUAGUAAAAGAACCUAACAUAGAUUGUAGAUGAAACUUGGUACACUAAUGUAACAAGUCAAGAAGAUGAUAAAAAGGUAAUAAAAAGUGGGGGUCACCGUGCUUGUUUUGACGUCACAAUGCUGACAAAUACGGCUAUUUUGGACCCUUUGACAAAAACCGCGCGCAGCGCAAAACUAGACAAAAAGGAAAGAUUUUUUCAAUGAUGCAUGUGGUAUCGCAUAGAAUUUGACUUUAAUGUAUUGUUUAUCCACUUACGUACCAGAAAAAUGCCUUUUAAUGCCCUUGUUUUUACUUUACACUCCAAAGUAGAAUUAGAUUGGACACGCGCUAUUCUACACGUGAUAGCUCAAUCCGUACAAUUUAGUAAAAUUGUCAAAAAACUGAGCAUAGAUUUGUGCCAAUUUUUUUCUCACCGAAAGGAAGCACUGUCCUUAUUAAAAUCAUGAAAUAAAAAAUGGGGGUCACCGUACUCGUUUUCGCGGUAGAGCUGCAGAAAGUGCGCACCAAAUGCAUUCUCCUUGAUUUUUUGAGAGAGGACUGGGGCGAGUUUUAAAAUAGAAUGUAUGAGAAAGGGCGAAGAAAGUAUUAAUAAAAUCCGUUUUUACAGAAGUUACAUUGAGAUAUCACAUUUAGGACACAAUGUGAUAAAUUAAACAUCCACUAUCGAGGUUCUCCGUGAGGAAGUCGAACUCCGCAACACGCGUACUGCUUACGUUAUGCACAUUCCCACCACAUUGAGUCUCACCUCGGCAAGAAACAACCGCAAGCAAAAAUUGCAAUAAAUUGCAAUAGCGUUUCUCUUCGGUCAACUUCAUUUUAAUAAUGUUACUUCACAUGCUCUUUUUUACGGAGGCCAUCUUGUUAUGCGCAGUAAGAGAUGCGCAGUGCAAAACCAGGGAAUCACCUUAAAUAGCCUGGAACUGGUGAUUCCUUUCCAAAAUUCGUAAAUGGAACAUACAUUUCUAUCGGAAAAGUUUCCAACGGGAAAACAGGACUACCUUUUCAAUUUUCCAGUUAUUCCCGGGCAUUUUCCAGUGGAACGCUCGAAAAGAGUAUGUUCCAUUUAGAAUACAUCCCAACCGGAAUCUCCGGAAUUUCUUGGUAAAUGGAAAGCGCCCGUCAUUUCGCGGGAAAACCAGUAGUGGGGCUUCCCGAAAUGGCGGCAGUUUUCUCAUGCUAAGGUAAACAUGGGAGAUGAAGAUCCCGCAAAGUUCAUGUGACACUGUUUACAUCUCUUAAUUGGCUGAAAUAAUCUUUCUAGAUUUGAAUAAUCUAAAGGUGCCUUCAAAUUAUCAAUGAGCCAGUGGUUAUAUUAGGUUCAAAUCUUUUUCCCUGAAUGGACUCUAGAAGCGGGAUCUGUAUUAAACAAGCAAACCCCAAACAAAGUAAAAAGCCAAAAAAACGGCAAGCAGUUGUUUGACCCUAACGCGUUCGGAUUUUGACUGAUUCCAUAUUUAUCAAAGAUAGUAUUGACACCGCGUGAUCUGUUCACAGACCCUCACAAAAGUCUGUGAAGAGCCGGCUAUUGACACCGAAACGAUCUAGUUUGCAAAUUAUGUGUUUUGCCAUCAAGCUGUAUCAAACAUGUACGAUUAAGUGGGUGAUCGUUAAUUUUGUUUCAGGAAGAAAUCGAAAACGAGACCAGACAAAAGAUGGACCAAUUCUUUGCCAAAGUUGAACACACCAAAACGUGUCAAACAAGCACGCCAAGAUGGCGGUGUACGAGUGGUGUAGACUCCAGCGCAAGAAAAGCAGAAAGAAAAAUCGCUGUCGAACAGGGAAAAAGUUCUCGUGGACAGGAGAAGAAAGAACGUGGUUAUCGCAGGGCUAAGCCGUGGCCUACACAAGUUUGGACUUAAAAUCGUGGAGUUUUGGGGGGAUCAUCAUCGAAGACCAAAUGUUGUGUUUGUAUAGUGUGUAAUUCCGAGUUGUUCCAAUAACUAAAAUAAAGUAAUUUAUAUUUGCCUCUGUUCUUGACUCUGACCCUUAGGUAGCGUUCACACUUGGUGUCCGGACACGGUGCCCGAGAAAGGUACUUGCUGGGCACUAAUGGGAACACACCCUUUUUUGAGUACCUACUGGAGAGUUUGGCUCGCGCGGUGCCGGUAUCCACCUUGUACUCGAGCGCAAAAGUGGGAACCUGGUUCCUGUGUUCACACCGUUUUUGUCAGUUACGGGGCAGUCCAUUGCUUUAUACUCGCCGCUAAGCUUAUGUUUUAAAAUGGCGUCUGACAGGACGAAAUGGAGUAACUAUGUACACAGUCAAAAUAUCGGGUACUCAAGAUGUUAACACAACACCGUUAAUUUUGCUGGUGCCCAGGCAUUGGUUCCCGGGCUCCAAGUGUGGGUAGCCCCUUAACACUCUGUAGAGGCAUGUUUUUCAAACUGACAUUUAAAAAUUUCGGGAAAGGAAAGUUAUUGAACGCUGAGUAACUUAAAGCUGCUAAUAGAGCAAAAUUCUGAUUUCCUCUUGUUUUGAGGGAACUGUACUUAAGUAUUAUAAUGAAAAUGAUACAUAAUGACUUUUGGACGGAGACAUUUGAACCUGAUCUGACUUUGACUUUGCAGGAAUCUACGUUGCAGAUAUGCCGCGAAUCAGCGUGCUUAAUUAAUGCUCUCCCGAAUUUAAGGCUGUAUUUCAUAGCCUGGAGAACAGACGCUAUUUUUUUCGCGUUUUUCAGGACAACGAAGGCAAGCGUUGGUGGACGUGGAGUGCUGGACGGUAACUCCCCUUCUGCGGCAGACUAG